AUGACUAUCCCAAGCACCGACUACAAGGCCUACGACGCCCUCACCCUCCAGCAUGCCUUGAAUGCUGGUGAGAGUGCUGCAGCACUCAAGAAGACAGUUCAAGAGCUCCAGCGAAUUAUGAGAGGCCAGAUCCGCGAUAUCGCCCGCAGCACUGGCGAGGUGGCCAACGCUGCAGCCAAGGCCGAGCAGGCAAGAGAGCUGGCUCUCCAGGAAGAGCUCAAAGCUGUCGAAGCUCAGUCAGAGAAAGGCGAGAACAAUGCUGCACAGGCUAUGAUGAUGGCUGAAGCCAACAACGAGAAAGCCGUGGCAUUUGCUGCCCGCGACCUGGCCACUGCUAGCUCCGGCAACGUCAACCAGCAGCAUCAGCCGGCUGCCUCUCAGGGUCACCGUCGCCGCCACCGCCGCCCCCAUGACCCUAACCGCAUUCCCAAGAGUGGCUACACGCUUCAAUGCAUCCGUUGUGGCGUCCGACGUAGCCGCAAUGAUGAGGUUCGCCGUCACCUCCGCAAGGAACACUACCCAACUCUCUUCCCAGGCCUUACCCGCGACGCCCUCUUGGCGCAAGCAAGACUGGACGCUCCUUAG